UCCCUGCUUUCUUAUCAUAUCGAGGGGAAACUAAUUACUGGUUUUAGGAGAUCACCGGACUCGAUAGCCUCCUCGGUAGAUAAAGUGUUCGACGUUUGUCCUCUGGAUUCGGAGAAGAGAUAUGCGAAAGCCUUGGAAGACCAGACACACACCGAAACUUACAGCAGCUACGAGUCAAUCUUCGAAGACAUACGAUGGAAGAACUGUGAUCGACAGGCUACAACUCAAAUCAAAUUGACUGCGGUGGCUCUUUUCUUUCACACCCGAUAUUUCGAUGGAAAGGAAUCGAAUGCGAUGGGAAGAGGUAGGUCCUCUUCCACAUUGAUCUCCUGCUUCAUAUUAUUUCUUGGCCUUUUGGUUCUCUUCCUUCCACUGUGUCAUACGCCAAAACAGUUGGGUGAGGAGUAAAGACCGGAUGGUGGUGAAGCCGAGUCAUGGCUUAGUCAAUGAAUGAGGGAGGAGGAAAGAAGCAAGAAAAAAGGAAUGGCAGAAGGGAGGCAUGUGAAGGGGGUGAUGAGAUUUGAUGCAACGCAGCCACCGGCAAGAAGGCUUUUAGUAAGCUCCCUCAUAAAGCUGCGUAGCAGCAAUUGUUUUGAGUAGAUAAUGCAGGCAGAGGGUGCAGCUCGAUGACCCACCUCAUUACUGUCCACCUGUAUCCACGUAAUUUAAUAUGUGUGCGUGACAGAUUUGGCUCCUCCACAUUCUGAUAUUUAAAAUGCUACAGUGCUGAUCUGCAAACCCAUGAUUGGCCCACAUGGUUAAUGAGCUUGUUCUUGACAGUUUGUAUGCUCUCCAAGGACAGGAGAAAGAAUCAUUGUCCAGGAAGAAGGAAAUAGAGAGAGAGAGAGAGAGAGAGAGAGGAGUUCAUGAGACAUGAGCUGUGAGGAGGGGGAAGAAGACAAGCGCAAGGCUACAAACCAAUCCAUUACUAAGGAUCUCAAUCGACAUGUUAGGGAGGGAGGACAGUCAUUGGGAAGAGCACAUGACAGUUCAAGUGUGGAUCGAGAGGGAAUCUACCUCCAUUCAUGAGACUUUUUUGUUUUUGGGUCACCCCUGGUGGAGGAUUUCUGCUUUCAAAUCCUCUAAGCUCACAUCUCAAAUCCAUCCAGACGAAGAAGAAGAAGAAGAAGAAGGAAACACUUUCAAUUCCUUUUGGUUUAUUUCAAGCCCGUACGAGGCAUCCGCGUCAUGCAGCAGCAGCAGAGGACGGUGAAAUGGAAAGGAGAGGGUGCAGUUCUACGGCAUCCGGUUACUGCAGUUUUACUUUGCUGUGUCCCCCACAAUAAUUGAUCAAUUACCACCGUCGUCUUCCUCCUCGCGUCUCCUUUUACCGCAGUAACUCCUGAAGCUCCACCCCCCGCGCACGCACAACACGCGCAGGCCAAGGCGAAGAAGCUAAAACCAGACACCUCGCUGCAGUACUUGUUCCUUUUACCCAUCUCCCUCAAUAGGAAAGCCCCUGGCGCCGGUUUCGGUUCGCUUUGUGGGUGUAGAGCCCCAAAACCGGCUGAAAGCUGAUUUCUUUGCUCUGCUUUUCGUAUAAUAUUGACACAAAGAUGGAUGCAGACAGGUUGGCCUUCUUCAAAUGCACACCGGGGAGAAAUGAUUCACUCGGUUGAUUAUGAUAUCCAUGGAUGAGCAGUAACCCAGCAUCGUUUGCGUGGAUUAUUUUUGUGAUGUGAGUGGGAUGGGAUGGUGUCAACAUCAGGAAUCCCAUAUCCGGAGAAGCCAACAAUGGUGGCGUGAUGCAGGAACAGUGAUGCUGUUGUCUCUGGUGUUCAGGGCUCCAUAUAAUACACCCCCACCUUUGCUUAUUUUGAAUUCACACCUCUCUCCGCCUCUUCUUCCUCCUCCUCCUCCUCCUUUGUCUCGCCUGCUCUUCCUGCAACUUGCGCUGCAACUUGACAGAACACGGAGGGAGGGAGAAGGGGGGGACUGGGAGAAGACACCGAGCGCACGUGGGUCAGGUGAGUCGUGUGUGCAGGCAGAGAGGCCAACCGUGGAGGAAAACAGGGGGGGGAGAUGAUUUGAAGAUGGGCAGAUGAUAAGGUUUGACAUUGCCACCGGUGGAGUCAACAAAAGCUUGGCUUCAGCUUCAGCCUUUGAGAGAAAACAAAUGAGCACCGACCUCACCUUUAAUCAGCACCCACAGAAAAAAAAAGCCUUAUUAAAAGGAGGGCAAGAAAGAGACGCAUCGGAUCACGCCAUCCUCUUACACUUCUCCGCGGGUUGGUGCACCGAAGGCACCGAGAAGAGGGGGUGGCGGGGAUGAAUAAAGGUGGAGGAGUUAAGUAAUGGAACGCCCUGUGACGUUUAAUAUAAGAAGGGGGAUAAAGGGGUGUGCUUGCUGUGUUGUGCGAGGAGGGAAGUGGGGCAACCUGGAGUUGACUGGCAGAUGAGUAUUCUACUGCUGGUGUUGGGAGUAUCUCACAAGAGUAUUAGUCUGCCUCAUUUAACUGGAGGACAGUGUGCAAAGGUUUUAUCUUUUGGAAAGGAAAUUUCUUUAAAAGAAGAGAUGUUUAUGUUGGGAUGAGCUGUCAUCAGCAUUAGAUGCUUUAUCUGACGCGCACCUGCAAUGUCUGCUGCUGCUGCUGCUGCUGCUACUGCUACUGCUACUGCUGCUCCUCCUCAUAUUACCUGGGCGCAGUAAUAAUAAUGGAAACCACGGCAAAGAGGGUGCUUAAGCUCCUAAUCAUCGAACGAAGCGGAGACUGUUAUGGGAUUAGCAGUGUCCGGCGGGUGGAAUGGAGGAGAUGGAGUUAGAGAGACAUGGAAAGAGAAGGAUGGUUAAGUUCCUAACUGCAUCUUUCUAACUCAGAAGUCUAUAUUCAUCAUUCUCUCCGAGGCCCCACGAGCGGGCUACUGCUUCUUUCUCAGGCGGCCCCCCUCCCCCAAGCAGUGUCAAGGAGAGAGAGCAAGCUGCAGUUAUAGCGUGUGUAGGUGAGAGAGAGAGAGAGAGAGAGAGAGAGUGAGGAAUCAUAAGAGAGAAAGAGAAAGAGAAAGAGAGAGAGAGAGAGAGAGAGAGAGAGGGAGAGGAAACAGUGGGGAAAAGCGAGGCAAGAAAAGAGGAGGAAGGAGAAAAGCUGAGGGAGUUAGGGUUUUAGGAUCUAAACCUACGCGCCUCUCUCGCCUUCCCCCUUCUCUCGCACCUUUCUUUCUCGGUGUCGUAUCUUAUUGUUUGCCGCUCGCUUUCACUCUUUUCUUGCAUCAUUUUCUUAUCUGUGCAGUUAAACAACCUCAGGUAGCGUCUUCCUUCCCCACCUCCUCUCUCUUUCUUUCGUUCCUUUCAUUCUCGCCCGCACCAACGCGCGCACAGAGACAACAGUCAAUCAGCAGGAGAGCCCCACGCCAGUCUCCAGCCAAGUAUGGAGCGGCCCCCUGCACGUGUUUGCCUCCUCAAACCCUAACUAGGUUAUAUCGCUCUCUCUCUCUCUCUCUACCCUCCCCUCCCCCCUUAAUAUUUCUUCUCAACUUUUUUCUCCAUCCAAAAAUAUAAGAACUGGAGCUGCCGUAAAGAUAAAUAUAUAUACACAGUUGGAGAGGAAAAGGAAAAGAAAGAAAAGCAAGCAAUUGGUGUUGAUCUUAGGGAUAGAUUGGAAAACAGUAAAGCAUGGAACAAAGCGAGCUUAGUAGGCAUGGAGGACAGGGAGGUGGUGGUGCAGGAACAGGAGGAGGAGGAGGAGGAGGAGGAGGAGGGAGAGGGGGAAGAGUUCGGGCAAAUAGCAACAGCAGCAGUGGCACCAGCAGCAGCAGAAGCACUUCGGAACACCACCAGCCACAGCACCACUUUGGCCACCAUCACCACCACCAGCAGAAGCAGCAAGGAAACAGCAGCAUCCCGUCGUCGCUCGAGCUGGUCCCGUUAAAGAGCCGAGCGGGCCCCAGCUCAGUAGCCCCCUUCAUGGGCUCCAUCGUCCACCACGGCGUCGUCGACGCCUCCCUCGCCAUCUCCACCGCCAAGCCCGAUCCCUCCCUUUCCCCCGGCGCCGUUGGCCCCUCAUCUUCCUCUGCCGCCGCCGACACGUCCAAGAAGCUCGCCGGCGGCGGCGCCCCAGCCAAACGCUCCUCCAAAGAUCGCCACACCAAGGUCGACGGCCGCGGGCGUCGGAUCCGCAUGCCAGCCAUCUGUGCGGCGCGUGUGUUCCAGCUGACGCGGGAGCUCGGGCACAAGACGGAUGGCGAGACCAUCGAGUGGCUGUUGCAGCAGGCGGAACCCGCCAUCAUAGCUACCACUGGUACCGGCACCAUCCCGGCCAACUUCUCCACACUCAACAUCUCGCUGAGGAGCAGCGGCUCCUCCCUCUCUUCCCCGCCCUCCAAGUCCGCCCCGCUCUCCUUCCACGCGCUUGCCCUCGCCCACCACCGCCCCGACUUCGAGCAGGUGACCGACCCCGGCAUCUCCCACGCCGCCGCAAUGCUCGGUUUCCACCAGCUCCACCCUCAUCCCCACCAACAUCAGCUCCUGUCGGCCGAUCAGAUUGGAGAAGGGUUACAAGGCGGAGGCAGUAGCGGCGGUGGCGACUCUGCCGACACCUAUUUGAGGAAACGUUUUAGAGAGGAUCUCUUCAAAGAUGAGCAGCAGGAAGGAAGCGGAGGGGCAGGCCCGUCCUCCCCGUCGUCGGCCUCCAAGUCUAUGAGGGCCGGCAGCGGGCUCCAAUUGCAUCAACGGUCACAGCAGCAGGAAGCUGCAGCUGCAGCUGCCGCAGCCGCAGGUCUGACGAGGCCGCAGGGGAUCCUUCCUGCGGCGGCAAUGUGGGCGGUUGCUCCGAACAGCGGAGCUGGGGGAGCUUUCUGGAUGCUUCCAGUGUCCACGGGUUCAGCGGCGCCCGCGGUGGCCGCAGCCACCGGACCCUCAGAGCCGUCCAUCUGGACGUUCCCGGCCAUGGCCGGGCAGUACCACCCCGGGAUCAGCGGCGGAAGCAGCAUCCAAGCGCCACUCCAGUUCAUGUCGCGAAUAAACUUAUCGGGCGGUGCCGAGUUCCAAGGCGGCCGCGCUCUUCCGCUGGGAUCGAUGGUGCUGCAGCAGCCCACGGGCGGCAUGGCGGCUCAGCAUCUCGGAUUGGGAACGUCGGAAACCAAUCUCGGGAUGCUCGCGGCCCUCAAUGCAUACAAUAGAGGUGGUGGCCUGAGCAUGAAUUCCGAACACCACCAGCCAAUGGACCACCAUCACCAAGCCCACAGUACCCAUCAGCAGCACCAAGGUGCAGCCAGCGGAGAGGACCACCAAACCAGUUCACAGUAGUAGAAGGAGGAGAGUUCACAGGAUGUCAAAGAGCAACCUUGGACGCACGCAUGCAAGGCAGAAACAAAAAAUCCAAUUGGAGCUUCAAAUCCAGCAACGGCGAGUGUUCCUUUCCUCCUCCUCCUCUUCUUCUUCUUCCUCUUCUUCUUCUUCUUCUUCUUCUUCUUCUUCUCUUUUGACUCGCACAAGGUGAGCUUUGGGUGCUAAAGAAUCCUUCAAAUUAGUGGACGGCGUUCUUUCAGCUUGCGAAAGAACACUGCCACUUCUCUUAUCAUUAUUUUUCCCCUUCCCUUUGUUUUUGUUUCGUUCUGCUUGAGUGUUGUGAGUUCAAGAACCUUACUUCCAAGAGUGGGGGACAAAGAUUUGUAUAGGGAUCCAAUUCGUCUGUGCAGUAGUAAUUCUUUGUUUGUUUAA